AUGCUACUGGCUGUGCUGCUGCUGCUGCUGCCCAUGCCAGGCCUCAGGACUGCCCUCGGGCACCCACUGUACAUGCGCCUGCCCCCCAGCACCCUGCAAGUUCUGUCGGCUCAGGGGACACAGGUGCUCCAGGCUGCCCGGAGGAACGCCCAGUGGGCUGUAAUGAGUUUGGCGAUGGAGAUCCAGCACAGGCUGCAUGGGUGCCAAGGACCCGGACACCCCAGGCAUCUGGCCUCCUUCCUUCAGGAGCCCUCAGAGCCAGGGCCAUGCGGGGAGAGACUCCCGGGUGCGGCCAACGUGACCCGGGCUCACGGCCGCAUCGUCGGGGGCAGCGCGGCCCCGCCGGGGGCCUGGCCCUGGCUCGUGCGGCUGCGGCUGGGCAGGCAGCCUCUGUGCGGCGGCGUCCUGGUGGCCGCGUCCUGGGUGCUCACGGCCGCCCACUGCUUCGUGGGCGCCUCCAAUGAGCUCCUGUGGACCGUGGCUCUGGCCGAGGGGCCCCGCGGGGAGCAGGCGGAGGAGGUGCCGGUGAACCGCAUCCUGCCCCAUCCCAAGUUUGACCCGCAGACCUUCCACAAUGACCUGGCCCUGGUGCAGCUGUGGACGCCCGUGAGCCCUGCGGGCCCGGCGCGCCCCGUGUGCCUGCCCCGGGGCCCCCCCGAGCCCCCCGCCGGCACCCCGUGCUCCAUCGCGGGCUGGGGGGCCCUCUUCGAAGACGGGCCGGAGGCUGAGGCGGUGAGGGAGGCCCGGGUGCCCCUGCUCAGCGAGGACACCUGCAGGAGGGCCCUGGGGCCCGGCCUGCGCCCCAGCUCCAUGCUGUGCGCGGGGUACCUGGCGGGAGGCGUGGACUCGUGCCAGGGCGACUCCGGAGGUCCCCUCACCUGCUCGGAGCCCGGCCCCCGCCCCAGGGAGGUCCUCUUCGGAGUCACUUCCUGGGGGGAUGGCUGCGGGGAGCCGGGGAAGCCCGGGGUCUACACCCGCGUGGCCGUGUUCAAGGACUGGCUCCAGGAGCAAAUGAGCGACUGCCCUGGGAUGAAGGCUCUGCAGCAGAGGCUGGCCGCCCUUCAGCGGGCCCAUGCCUGGCUCCUGCAGCUCCCCUCAGAGCACUUGGCCAUGGACUUCCACGAGGUACUGGCAGACCUGGGAUCCAAGACACUGACUGGACUCUUCAGAGCCUGGGUGCGGGCAGGCCUGGGGGACCGGCGUGUGGUCUUCCCUGGCCUGGUGGGACUCGAGCCGGCCACGCUGGCUCGCAGCCUCCCCAGGCUGCUUGUGCAGGCCCUGCAGGCCUUCCGCUCAGCAGCCCUGGCAGAGGGAGAGCUGGAGGGGCCCUGA